CUCCUGUCCUCUCCCCUCUCCUCCUCUCUUUGCCUCUUUGGCUGGCUUUUCAAGAUCUGGUUUUUAUCUCUCUCCCACACAGCUCACUACAAAGUCCACUACUACUCCAAAAGGGGUCCAACUAAACCCCUCCUCCGAAACUUGUAAAAUCUUCCUGCGUCUAGCUUGUGAGAGCUUCUCUAUUGUUGUAACAGAAACAGAGGAGAGAGCAGGAAUUGUCAGGAAGAGAAGAACAAACACAGAGAGAAAAGCUGUCAAGAGAUCUGUCAAGUACUCCUCUUCUCAGGAAGAACUGAGGAAUGAUAAGAAGAUGGGCAGGAAAGGAAGCUGGUUUUCUUCAGUGAAGAAGGCUCUGAGCCCAAAAUCUAAGGAUAAAAGAGACCAGAAGGAAAGUAAGAAAAAAUGGUUGGGCAAGGAGGGGACCUCAGUUACCGACUCUUCUACUCUAGAGACUAUCACAGUAUCUCAUCCUCAUCCCGUCCCAGUGGAAGAGGUGAAAUUGACGGACGUAGAGGAUGAACAGACGAAACAUGCUUACUCCGUAGCUGUUGCCACUGCUGCAGCUGCUGAAGCUGCUGUUGUGGCCGCUCAGGCUGCUGCAGAAGUUGUUUGGCUAACUUCUGCAGCUCCAUUUCCGGGGAAAUCAGUGGAGGAGGUGGCAGCAAUUAGGAUUCAGACUGCAUUCCGAGGAUAUCUGGCAAGGAGGGCUUUGAGAGCCCUAAGGGGGCUUGUCAGGUUGAAAUCACUUGUAGAUGGGCCUACUGCUAAACGCCAGACUGCAAACACCCUGAAAUGCAUGCAAGCUCUGUCUCGUGUGCAAUCACAGAUUAAUUCUAGAAGGAUCAGAAUGUCAGAAGAGAACCGGGCUCUUCAAAGACAGCUCCUACAGAAACAAGCAAAAGAACUUGAGAGCUUGAGGAUGGGGGAGGAAUGGGAUGAUAGUCUACAAUCAAGAGAGCAAAUUGAAGCAAAUUUACUGCAUAAAUAUGAAGCAGCAUUGAGACGAGAAAGAGCCCUAGCAUAUUCAUACUCCCAUCAGCAAACCUGGAAAAAGUCAGCAAGAUCCCCCAACUUACUGUUUAUGGACCCCACGAAUCCCCACUGGGGUUGGAGCUGGUUAGAAAGAUGGAUGGCAGCUCGGCCUUGGGAGCAAAACACUGGUGAGAAAGAACUGAAUGGUGACCACUCAUCAGUUAAAAGUGCAAAUCUGAGCAUUGCAGCUGGAGAAAUCACCAAGGCUUUUGCCCGUCAUCAGCUAAAUUCUGAUAACCCUUCAUCACCAGCCAGCCAAAAGCCAAAUCAUCCUUCCACCAGCCAGUCUCCUAAUACUCCUCCAUCCAAGCUGAGUCCUUCAAUAGCUGCAAGAAAAUUGAAAUCUGCUAGCCCAAAAGUGAGUGUGCCAAGCCAAGAUGACGACUCCAGGAGCGUUUUCAGCGUGCAGUCAGAGAGAAACAGGCGGCAUAGUAUUGCCGGGUCAUCCGUGAGAGAUGAUGAGAGCCUGUCAAGUUCUGCAUCGGUACCAAGUUACAUGGCUUCCACUCAGUCAGCAAAGGCUAAGACACGCUUGCAAAGCCCGUUGGGACGCGAAAAUGGGACACCAGAAAAGGCAUCAGGGGCUCCUGUAAAAAAGCGUCUCUCUUAUCCACCAUCACCAGCUAGAGCUAGGCAGCAUUCAGGUCCCCCUAGAGUUAAUAGCAGCCCUAUCACCGAUCAUGUCGUCAAUGGAGGGAAAAAGGAAUAACACUGCAUUUAUUUCCAGCAAAUGCUGUCUGUUUUUUAUAGAAAAAGUUACUGCAGACACGAAUAAGGGACAAAGAGGGAAAUGAAGAUGCGAUCAUUUCAUUUGUUAUAUCAUGAUCGUCUACAGUUAGUCUGAAUUCAUUGUGUUGCUGGCAUGGUUUGAGGGAUGAAUCUUGCCACUGGAGUUCUUUUAUUCCUUUAUUGCAGCUGUUAUAGAUUGUAAUAUUGUCAACAAUUUUUACAAAAACAUGAAUUCUUGAUUGUGAUUAUGUGUUUAUUUUAACCUUGAA